GCUCUAUGUGCUUGUGUUGAUUGUCUUGCUGUUUCGCGUGCUGAUUCGCUGCAUAGCUGCUAUUAUAACCCCCUCCAAUGAAAGUGUCCACAUUUCUGCGGACACGGGGUAGUACGAUCGGUCAAUUGCGUCUCAAAUGAGACCGGGGAAAUCUGUCCGGUACCUGCACGCUUCCCCGUACUGGCCUUGCUUCCAUUAUGUGGCUCGACCGCAUCUCAGGCAAUUCGACUCCCUCUGGACCUGGGUUCGAUAGUCGCGGCAGUUCUCCUAUUCCUCGAAGGCCCUCUCACCUGUCUCCGGUACCGCAGAACAACCGACCGGGUUCGAAUCGGCAUGGCUCGUCCUUAUCAGUGUUGUUGACCCCGAAUGAUUCGAAUACAUCCCUUCCUGCAACGGCGCGUAAUGCAAACGGACGAUUGAAUGCGACCAAAACGUGUCCCUCCGAUGUUAUUGAUCCGCUCGAAGUCCUGAACGGUAUCCUCAGCAAACGAAAAGGGGAGAGCCCUGAUAAGGCGACGGCAUUGGACCCGGAGGCUAAGCCGUCACAGCUGGCAGAGACAAUUGACUUUGGGGAACUUAGCCUUGAGGAAUUUGUCGCAAAAGAGGACGAACGCCAACCGAGGAGGAUCCAAAACACCGAUGCUGGGGCUCAGACGAUCGAGCAAUUCGAGGAGGAAAGGGACAAGUUUCAGGAACUACACUCAGCGAUCACUGGCUGCGACGAUGUAUCAAAGUCGGUGGAAACGUAUCUGAGCGAUUUCCAGAGCGAAUUAGGGAGUGUCUCUGCGGAAAUCGAAACCCUCCAGACUCGAUCCAUACAGCUGAAUGCCAUGCUGUCAAAUAGGCGGAACGUAGAACAGCUUAUGGGGCCCGCUGUAGAGGAAAUCAGUAUUUCACCAAAAGCGGUUCGACUAAUUGCAGAAGGUCCAAUCGAUGACAACUGGGUCAAGGCUCUCAACGAGAUUGAGACUCGAGCCGCAAGUAUAGAGGCAAAAGCAUCCAGCUCCAGCAGCACCAAAUCCAUCGAUGAUGUUCGUCCGCUUCUCAGCGAUCUCAAGAGCAAGGCAGUCGAGAGAAUCCGAGACUACCUUGUUUCCCAGAUCCGGGCGUUGCGGUCACCUAAUAUCAAUGCUCAAUUAAUCCAGCAACAGCGUCUGGUUAGGUUUAAGGACCUAUACAGCUAUUUAUCAAGAGCUCACCCGACACUCGCAGGUGAGCUCACGCAGGCGUACACCAACACGAUGCGGUGGUAUUACUCGUCGCAUUUCAACCGUUACCUUCUAGCACUCGAGAAGAUUAAGAUUUACCCUAGCGAUCGAAACGAUGUUCUUGGAGGAGACCCCUCAGCGCAAAGGACAGGAAAUAUCAUUACUGGUGGCCGAGCUGGAUCUGCGGCACACGACCCGUUUUCUUUAGGACGGAGGGUUGACAUUCUCCGGAACGGCAACCCCAUGGCCAUUUCCUCCUAUGUGGCUGAGGAGGAUUAUGCUUUCCAUGGGAUAGAGGUUCCUUUCCGCAACUUCAACCUUGCCAUCUUGGACAACGUUUCUGCUGAGUACUCGUUCAUGGCCGAGAUGUUCUCCGCAUUGACUUUCCACCAAAUUACCCGCAAGGCCAUGGAGAUCUUUGAACCUGUUUUCGCCCUUGGCUACGGCAUGACAAAACAAUUAAUCGAACAGACUACAGAUUCGUUGGGCGUUCUGUUGUGUGUCCGCCUCAACCAACAUGCGGCUUUUGAAUUGCAGCGGCGCAAAGUCCCCGUUUCCGAUUCAUAUAUCAACGGCAUCAACAUGCAGCUGUGGCCACGCCUCCAGGUAAUUAUGGAUGCUCACUGUGAAUCUCUCAAACGAGUGGCGGCGAACACGGGUCGAAGUGCCGUGUCGGCCCUCUCCCUCGCAGGUGGCGAUGACUUGAGCCGCUCAACAGCGCCUCAUUUUCUUACACAGCGAUUUGGCCAGCUGGUGCAUGGGAUUUUGGUGCUCAGCAGCGAUGCUGGGGAUGAUGAGCCGGUGUCCAACAGUCUGAGGCGUCUGACUGCUGAGUUCGAUUCGCUUCUUGCGAAGUUGAGCCGGACUGGCGGAGACACGAAACGAAGAGAGCGGUUCCUUUAUAACAAUUAUUCUUUGAUUCUAACCAUUAUUAGUGAUACCCAAGGCAAACUAGCGGCUGAGCAGAAACAGGUUAUUGGGGCAGGUGUUGUAGGUCUCGCAGUCGCGCGCCAGUUGGCCGCGAGAGAAGGGUCGUCGACUAUUUUACUGGAGCGACAUGAUGCGCCUGGGACGGAGACGAGCAGUCGGAAUUCGGAGGUCAUCCACGCCGGCUUGUACUACGGAGCCGACUCCCUCAAGACCAAGCUAUGCAUUGAAGGGAAACAGAUGAUGUACGACCUUUGCGCGAAACGCGGCAUCCCACACAGCAACACUAAAAAAUGGAUCGUCGCGCAAACCGACGAACAGUGGGAAGCCUCCCUCCGCGUUCACGAACAUGCGCAGACCAUUGGCGUCCCGACACGAAUCGUGGGCCGCGAAGAAGCGCAGAGACGAGAACCAGAGGUCCGCGCAGAGGCAGGUAUUGUCGAAAGCCCGACAACGGGAAUCGUCGACAGUCACUCACUGAUGACCUUCUUGCAAGGGGACAUCGAGGACCGGGGAGGUGACUGCGCGUUCCUGACGAGUGUGACUGGGAUCGAAGCGUUAAAUGGUGGUCAGGAUGGGUACAAGAUUACGGCUGUGUCGCCGGAUGGGGAGGAGACAUCUAUCACAGCGGAGACGUUGGUGAACAGUGCGGGAAACUCUGCGUGCCGGAUUAACAAUAUGAUUUUGCCGGAGGAACGACACCGGAUUCCCUACUAUGCUAAGGGGACGUAUUUCUCCUACUCUGCCUCACAACCAAAGACGUCUGUCCUAGUUUAUCCGGCUACUUUGCCUGGCACUGGCGGUUUGGGCACCCAUCUUACAUUAGACAUGGGAGGUCGCAUUCGCUUUGGCCCUGAUGUCGAAUGGGUGGACAAUCCGACCGAUUUGAGACCUAGUCCAGCACGACUCCAGCAGGCAUUAUCUGAGAUCCUGUCCUAUCUUCCUCGCGUCAACCCGGAAGCGAUUGAUCUAGAUUACUGCGGGAUUCGGCCUAAACUGGGUCGCGGCGGCGCGGUGAAUACAGGAAAGGGCUUUUACGACUUCAUUAUUCAGGAGGAAGAGGGCUUCCCUGGGUUUAUAAACUUGCUGGGAAUUGAGAGUCCGGGAUUGACGAGCUCUCUUGCUAUUGGAAAGAUGGUCGAUGGUCUUCUGUAUAGAUAGAUGGUGGCUUCUUGGCUGUAUAUAUCCUAUUGCUACUUUGUAAAUAAAAUCUGUCUAACAGCACAGGUUUUUCCAGGGACUUUUAAUAAGUGACUAUUCCAAAUACCAUAAAUUGUGAUCAUUGGAAUGGCAUGCUAGUUUGUGAACGACGGGUACCUGCCUUAGCAGAGUCUUCUAUAAGCGCAACAAAUAUUCC